AUGUCACAUCCGAACAGUCCACAGGCAAUGAGCUUGAACAAUGAACAGAAUCUAGUACGAAAUGUGGUGUCGGAACAUUUGCAGGCGACUUUAAGUGGGGAGAAACCUGAACCGUUGCUACAGCUGGUACAUGGCGCUUCAGGAACGGGCAAGACUGUUCUAGUGCGGGCGCUGUUUGCUGUGUUUGAAGCACAUAGCAGCACCAAUUUGUUGUUGACAGGAUCUGCCUCUGAUGUUGCAGCAAAAACGCUGAACGCAGUAUACAUCACCAAAGCGACUUUAACUCCCACGUUGAUGGCUAACAAGCAGUACAUCGUGAUUGACGAUUGCUCCGCACUUUCUGCCACUUUGUUGCGUGAACUGGCACUGUUGAUGGGCGGGGCCAACGAUGGCGCAAGGAACAAGAACAUGUUUGGGCUUAGGAAUGUGGUUUUGUUCGCAGACAUUGCGCAACACCCACCGUCUGGCCGAUACUGGGAUACAGUAUGGUGGCCGACAACCACAGCAGCUCCGUUCAUUAAACCUUUCUUUGAAAAUGUUCAGGUGCUCCAACGCGAUAUGACGGGCUCGAUGGAAGUAUGGUCCAGCCUUCUUUGUCAUGUUCGAACCCAGUGCACCAAUCUCGGGGACGUUCAGUUGUUAAACACCCGGGCUGCACAAACGAACGGAAUCGCAUCAAUGAACAUACUUCUGCCACAUGAGGAUGCAAUUGUAGUCACCACCAGUGACACUCAACGACAGUACUGGAACAUCAACUUUGCGUGUCGUUUUGCUCGAGCCACGAGGAAGACACUUUUCAUUUCACCAGCGAGCGAUGUUCUUGUGUUCCAGGAUGGUGAUAGGUUGAGUUCUGAUGAUUUUGACAAAAUGAAGGAACGAUUCAAGAGGGAGUUUACCCUUUUACGGGGAGUAUACCUGUUCGUUGGUAUGAUUGUUACCAUUACGCAGUCAGAACUGCGACACGUUUGGGGAGAGGUGACGGAAAUUGUCGUUGAUGACAGAGAUGUUGUUGAAGAAGAGGCACACGACGUAAGAUUGAAAUAUGGAGUGGCGCAGGUGACGGUGCAUGUGUCACAGAAGAUCAUCGCAGCCAAUCCAGGUAUGAAUGAGUUGGUAAUAAUCAAACCAGUGAUGGUCCCCUUCAAAGUUCCUCAUCCUUGUGAAACAAGACGCGAAAUUGUUAUCGAGAGAACGCAGCUACCCUUGGUACCACGAUAUGCAAUAACAGAAGAAGACACGAUGGGGCAAAGGUUCAAUAAAGUUGUUGUCGAUACAAGCAGUGGCCUGAGCCGCUACAAGUCGCUAUAUCAGGUUCUAACUCGGGUAACAGGAUUGGGAAGUUUGGUGUUGACUUCAUUGGUUCAGGGUUUGGGCGAUAAUUGCGAUAAUGUAGCAGCACAGGAUAUAUUGGAUGUCAUCACGUGA